AUUGAAAGGAGGGAAGGCGAGGGCGAGGUUCUGUUCUCGUUCUUGUUUGCAUAGGAUCAGCUAUUCCCCGAAAAUGCUGCUUUUCUCGUUGGGGGUCCCAAAUCAAAUCGUCCUUGCGAUUCUUCCUUCUUUUUUUGUUUUGAGUGUAGUAUAACAACCUUAACCGCACAAGCCUGGGCUUGGCCUACCUCCAUUCCUAGAGGAGCCGUAUGAGGCGGAAGCUCCACGUACGGUUUUGAAGCCGAGCCUUUCCAGCAAUGGGGCUUAGGGACCGAUAUGAUGAUUGGUUUAGGUAGGGCGGCCGGCCUACUACGGGCACCUGUAGGGAUUAGUGCGUGAGACCGCGAUCCACAAACUGACGCAUGGGACUGACCCUUGACUUGGGAAUGAAGAGGGGAAAGAUAGCAUGUCACAAGAGCGAGGUUUGGAACCCCUACUGCGGGAGGGACGCCUCGCGAGCCGGGCUUAACGAGAUGAGGCCUUUUGGCGAAGCCAAGUCAAUUUCGGGCCACCAAACCCUGCAACUGAUGAGAAGGCCCUAUGGACUAAAGGGAAGCGUGUACGUUGUCACACUCCCUGCCUUCCAAAGGUGCCUAGAGGACGGGCCAGACGCAGCAGAGCGAGGACCCGGGAGCGGAUUCCCCACCGGCAGGGGGACAGGAGACGGCCAUCUCGAGGCAUAUCACGACCUACAGGCAAGACCGGCGAGACCUGGGAGGGCAAGCCGAUUGGGGAGUCAGAGGAUCCAUAGUACCUGCAGACCCACGGACUGAAUAUUCAUCAUUUUCGAAAGCGGGGGGGAAGGGAUCUCUUUUCUGCAACGGAAAAAAAGGGAGCUGAUUUGACUCGGCACAACCUAACGAUGCAUCCAAUACCACUGUGCCUAGAAUGCCUUGCUAGAUCUCUGCUCCCUUAAAGCUAUACAGGCAAGAAGCGCUUUCUUUGACCUCAAUAUAAGACGACGGAGAUCAGAUUUCAUGGAGAAAGGCGUUGACACAUGACUGAUGACUGCAUUUCAUUUCAAUCCUUGGGCUCAUUUUCUUUAGUUACUCUUCGUUUCAUUCAGAAUAGCACAUAUUUGAAAAAAAGAAAGGAGAGAAGUUCUCAAAUUCUUUGAGCCUCUCAUUGAUAAGGACAUAUUAACCUCUUCCAUGAAUGAGUCACCUGGACCUUUGUUUUUGGUUCUACGUAGCUGAAUUUCCUCCAUAUUCACCUUUUUUUCUUCAUUCAUCCGCCUCAAUGGAUCUGGAUAGGUUUCUUUAGUUGGUUCUCAGCUCCUUUCAGUUUCUAGUCGGACCUCUGAAUUCCACUAACCCGGUCCGUGGUAGCUUAUUAAUUCUAUACUAUAGUCAAAAGGAUUUCGCAUCAAUUCCAUUGGCCCUCUCAAACCUUUUCAUAGCCACUUCUCCACCAAACCCAAAGGUCUUUUUUUUCCACCAAGAAAGAAUGUUCACUCUUGAGCCCUGUCCAGAGAAAGCAAGAUGCAUUCAUUCUGGUCAAUUUGGGCAAGAGGAAUGUUCAGCCUCUCAUAAUUAAGGCGAGUACCCGAUUCACACCCGGUUUCAUUGCAUCUCUGUACUCAAUCCCCUUAUCUGUCUCCCAGAACUGGCCUUAUCUGGGGUCAUUCAUCGCUGUGGAAUUCUAGACCUCCCUGUCCGGGGGUAUAUAAGCUUGGGGCCCUCUUUCCCCUUAGGAAUGGGUCCGAGCCAACAACUCCAGUUUCAUUACGAAGAUAUAUCACGUCAGGAUCCGUUGCUCAAACAGAAUCACACCAACGUUAUGGAAGUUCCUGGAUCGUCUUCAAUAAGAGUCGUGCCAAAGGAACCCUAUGAUUUCAGAAGAAAAAAUGGAAAAUUGGCUAUGGAGAUUCUGCGCGGUCAGAAAUUGAUACAGACAAGGGGUUCGACAGGAAAGUCCUUUCGAUCCAAUCCAUUCUUGGAGUCAAAUAAAGACAAAGGAUAUGUCAGUGACCUAGCACGAGAAAGCACUCUCCGAGGGCAUGAAAUGUCUAAUUUUUCUUUCAAAAUCAUUAUAGGAAUAGUAAUGUCUUUCUUAAAUUCUCCGGCCGAAAUACGGGAAAACUCCAUGAAAUUCUCGAUGGAAACGGAGUUUUUCGAAUUCUUCCCGGAACUGGCAGAUCAUUUCGAGAUCUUCUCUAAGACUCUAGGGUUCAAUGUGACUAUUGUCACUUCGGCCAAGACACAAGAUGAGACUUUACCACCGUGGAGCGGCUUUUUGAAAAAAAAAUGGAAUUUGAAAAAAAGAAAAGAUUGAAGCUGAAAUCCAACUUCUUCUUGAAAUAAAGAACUCGCACACACUAGAUUUCUUGGAUUCCAAAAAAAAUCAAUACACCAGCUUAGAUUUCUUGGAUUUCUUUUUUUCGCAAAUUCUUUGCUCAUCUGGAGUAGCUUAAUUAGUGGAGUUGAGAUGAACAAGGGCCUAGGCGCCAGUAACCCAAAGAAAUGAAAGAAGAGCUUACUUAUUUGAUUCAUUUCCUAUCUAGGGAGUCCUCAAACAAAGUUCCAUUCGAGAUUGGACUAAGAAGGAAGAAGGCGAGUCAGUAUGCUAAUGCCUCAUCCUCAAAUCAAUCCUUCCCAUAGGUUAUUGUCCCAACGAAUAAGUAAUUGUAGGAGUGAAAGCUUCAUAUAAUUCGAAAAAGCAAGAGCAGCAAGUCCAAGUAAAUCAAAUACGAAACAAAAUACGUCAUUUUUUUAGGAUUAAACAAAAGGAUUCGCAAAUCAAAGUGCUAAUGCUACAACCAGUCCAUAAAUUGUUAAAGCUUCCAUAAAAGCCAGACUAAGAAAUCAAGUACCUCGGAUUUUUCCCUCCGCCUCGGGUUGUCUCGCGAUCCCUUCUACAGCUUGGCCCGCAGCAGUACCUUGACCAAUCCCAGGUCCAAUAGAAGCAAGCCCGACGGCCAACCCAGCAGCAAUAACGGAAGCGGCAGAAAUCAGUGGAUUCAUGAUAAGUUCCUCACACCAAAAGAAAGAAAUGGUUAAUGAUACAAUCAACCAAUGAAUUAUAACUUAUUAUUCCAUCACUAAGAUUUAUCCAACUAAAAAUUACGAAUUGAAGUAAUAAUAUUAUUUCAUCGUCCAAACUACUUCAAUCUCUCUUUUUUAGUUCCUAUCCAUCCACGUAGUUUUUGUGUGAAUCCAUACGACUUUUGUUCUUCCAUUUCUUUUAAAGCAUUCUUUUCAUUCUUCAUUGUUUUUCUUGAUUUAAUCUCUCUAUUCAUUCAAUAUUGAAUUCAAAAUUACAUUACAGCCGAAACAGAAGGACUUCCAUUGUAAGCCCUAUCUAAAUUCACAGUAGUAGGGCGGAUCUCUGAAUUUGUAAUUCUAUUUUGAGUUCGAUUUUGUUAUUUCACAUUAGUUCAGUUCGGUUAGAUAAUAUAGGAAAGAAAACAGGAGAAAGAGAGCUCUCAACUCCUUUACUGCAGGCCAAAAGAAAAG